AGGCCGAGCUUGAGUCCACAGAUCCAUCGAUCACACGCUCACCGAUCGAUCAUUUGCCUCGGUCUAACCGCAGCGCAGGUACGUCAUGGUCACCAUGGGGAAGGACGAGGAGGUACACCAAGAACAGUACUGCUACGGCGACUGGCCGGUCGACGGCGUCGACGCAGAGGGCCGCGCCACGGAGCUGCGGCCUCUUGCGCUGUCGCGGCCGCACACGCAGGCCUUCCACCUCGCCUGGCUCUCCCUCUUCGCCUGCUUCUUCGCCGCCUUCGCCGCGCCGCCCAUCCUCCCUGCGCUGCGCCCGGCGCUCGUGCUCGCUCCGUCCGACGCCUCCGCCGCCGCCGUCGCCUCCCUCGCCGCCGCGCUCGUCGGGCGCCUCGCCAUGGGCCCCGCCUGCGACCUCCUCGGCCCGCGCCGCGCGUCCGGAGUCGCCAGCCUCGUCUGCGCGCUCGCCCUCGCGCUGGCCGCCGUGUACGCGUCCUCGCCCGCGGGCUUCGUCGCGCUCCGCUUCUGCGCGGGGCUCUCGCUCUCCAACUUCGUCGCCAACCAGCACUGGAUGUCCCGCAUCUUCGCGCCCUCCGCCGUCGGCCUCGCCAACGCCGUGGCCGCGGGCUGGGCCAACGUCGGCAGCGCCGCCACGCAGAUCGCCAUGCCGCUCGCCUACGACUACAUCGUGCUGCGCCUCGGCGUGCCCAUCACCGUCGCGUGGCGCGUGGCCUACCUCAUCCCCUGCGCCAUGCUCAUCGCCACCGGCCUCGCCGUCCUCGCCUUCCCCUACGACCUCCCGCGCGGCUGCGCUGCUGGCGGUGGCGGCGGGGACAAAGGAGGAAACAAGCAGGGCUUCUGGAAGGUGGUGCGAGGGGGCGUCUGCGAUUACCGGGCGUGGGUGCUGCUUCUCACCUACGGCUACUGCUACGGCGUGGAGCUCAUCAUGGAGAACGUGGCCGCCGACUUCUUCAGGAAGCGCUUCCAGCUGCCCAUGGAGGCCGCGGGCGCCGCCGCGGCGUGCUUCGGCGUCAUGAACACCGUGGCGCGGCCGGCGGGAGGGGUGGCGUCCGACGAGGUUGGAAAGCGUUUCGGGAUGCGCGGGAGGCUAUGGGCGCUCUGGGCCGUGCAAAGCACCGGCGCGCUGCUCUGCGUUCUGGUCGGCAGGAUGGGCGCCGCCGAGGCGCCGUCUCUGGCGGCGACCAUGGCGGUCAUGGUGGCGUGCGGGGCGUUCGUGCAGGCCGCGUCCGGGCUCACCUUCGGCAUCGUUCCCUUCGUCUCCAAGAGAUCGAUGGGCGUGGUGUCCGGCAUGACGGCAAGCGGCGGCGCGGUUGGCGCCAUCAUCACCAAUCGGCUCUUCUUCAGCAGCUCCAGUUACACGGUGGAGGAGGCCAUCUCCUUCACCGGCCUCACCAGCCUCCUCUGCACCCUCCCCGUCGCGCUCAUCUACUUCCCACGCUCCGGGGGAAUGCUGUGCGGAGCCUUAGAGUCUGAUGUCGUCGACCAGGAUUGCCACGGCAACGAAGACAAUGUAAAUAAAGACGAUGAUUACAUGCUUCUCAAAUGAUGUGGCAGCUAGCUCAGCCUGUAAAUAUAAGGAUAGUUACAUGCUCUUCUGAAAUCGAAAUACGAAAACUGCGUUCUCAAGACUUUGAGCUCGA